ACGGACGUGAGUGGUAACUAAAGUGACCUGGAAUGCGAUUGCGUCUAUGCAUUACACCAAGCCCUGGCUUAUAACUUGGGGCAGCGCUACGCGAGGUCUCGUCGCAGAAGUCCUCAUCCCUUCUUGUAACAAGCCAUCAGAAUUGAUGGAUGCAUUGGUUGACGCGCCAAAGGCCUUCUGGACUCUAAAAUUACACUCGUCGCAUUUGACAUGCAAGGCAAUCCUGUUGGGAAACGACCUAUGCUUACUUUGUCCAGCAAUGGAACCCAUGACUUGGGCUUUGAUAACAGAAGUGGUACUUCCCAGUUGGCCGCUAAUAUGACCCCUCAUAGGUCAUUGGACAAUGAUGAAAAAGACAACGAUGAUACUGAGGUCAAUGAACAGGAGGUUUCGACCGACUCUGCGCUGACCAGGUCUCCUUCAAACCAGGAGUGUCAUGAUGCCCAAAGCGAUGCGCUGCAUGUGACCAGCGAUACCGUUUCCUCACCGGCUACAGACCUACUGCGUCCUGCAGUUCAGCGCCGGAUUGUUUCAAGCAGGGGAACGCGUCAGGGCAUGAAGAUGCUCGUCUUUGAUACUAUCAAAGAGGAUACCACUCCUCUACAAAUGGAAAACUGGAGAGUUCACCAGAUCAGAGCCCACAAAGAAAUUGAACUUGAGAACGGCAAAACCGAGCGCAGGUAUCAAGUGACUUGGAAGAAGCCUCCCUUGUCAUCAAAUUAUAAACCGCCGAGCUGGGAACUGGCAGAGGACACCCCAUCUGAAAUGUUACAGCGGUACUUGGAGAGGGCAGAAUCGAUGGUGCAGGCACAAGAACCGGCAGUAGAGAAUGAUGAGACUGCUGGACAAAAGCCCUGGUGGGAUAACUCCUACUCUGUAAAAGUCAUCACAGAGGACAGGGAGGCAGUUCAUACGGAAGGUCGAAAGGAACGCUGGUUCUGGAGUCACUUUGUUGCGAAGAGCAAAGGAGGCAAGAAAAAGGCGCACAAGAAGCCAGCUUGGCUACCUGAAAGCCAAGUCCCACCGUACUUGGUCGUGAGCUAUAUGAGGGAGAAAGCGGCCAGAAAGAAGACCAUUCGGCACGAGGAGAACACGGAAGAGGACGAGGAGGAGCCAGUUCCUGUUAACGAAUUGUUUCAGAAAAGCAGAUUUGGAACGAAGCCGCAGCCUCGUAUUACCCUUAUGGGAUAUGCUGAUAUACCAGGGGAUGGCCGAUGGUUCAGAGUAUCUAAUUACAAGGCGAGGUCACAGAAGCCCAGCUGGAAACACGAGAGGGAUCUUGAGCCAGAACUCGUGGAACGGUAUAUGAAGAGAAAGAAGCCCAACGUGUACCCGGCGAACUCUGCCGGCCCUUGGAAUACACAUAAUAUCAAAGGCAAGUUGUACGUAGUACUUGACACAGAAGAUGCCGGUGAGGAUGAUCCGCCAUGCGAGCCUGAAGGUGUCGAGACGGAACUGGUUGAAAUCGAAAAUGAACAGGAACCUUAUGUUGAAACGGGUGGAUUAUUCGCAGUUCCAGAAACUGCCCAAGGGAAAGCCCGCCAAGAUGGUGAUAUCCCCUCAGAGCACGUCCAUAUUGAAGGACAGCAGCACGAUAUCGAACCCGGGCCUGAGGGCACCACGCUGGUGCCUCUUCAGGAGUGGCUUAAUGCAAAACCGCGCCGAGAGUCGGCUGACUACCCAGCUCCGCAACCACAGGUUGAGAACACAACGACAGGAUCUUCCACACAACAGAGCUCAAUCCAGGAGCCAGCGCCGUUGCCAGCAGAAGCGCAGCUCAAGAGGGCGAAACGGAAACCUGCGCCAGACGAGCGACCCGAUUGGGCAGCUAACCUUCGGCGCAAGAAGGCCAAAUCAGGUAAGGAUAUCGAGACUCAAAGAGCCAUGGUAAAGGGCUUAACACAGGAAUUGAUAAAACGAGAUGCGACUAUCACAAAUCUGCAACAGCAUAUUGAGUCCUUGACGCAACAAAUGAGGACUAGAGACGCAACCAUAGAGAACCUCAAUCGGUAUAUACAGUCACAAACCGAGGCUGUUGCAAGAUACCAAGCGCCGCCGACCUGAAGCUAGCAAAAUUGGAAGCAGGAUGGGAAGCCUUGGGACUCGAGUAUGUGUAUCUAAUUGUGGGGGUCAAUCUGGACAGCAUAAUGUAGGAAUAUUGUAAAUCACUUCCGCUACAGCACUUGUAUGUGAGAGGUAUUUGCUGCUGGGCGGGGGCUCGUCUUUAUUGCCUGGGCCGCCGCCACGUUAUACCAACUUAGUAUACAUUUCAAAGUUUGGAGUGUUGAUUUGGCAUUAAACGAGAAGCGGUGUUUCAGGCGUCCGUCGAAUCGAACAUGACUAAAAUUAACAGAUGCAUUAUAUGGGGAUGAAUCUGCCCGAUAGACAUGGCCGAGUAUUCCAGAGAAACAUGAAUCCGCAAUGGGCCGCUACAUUGUUUUCACAAUUGAGUAGCACAAUCUACAUGCAUAGCCAG